UUUAAUUCAAUAUAAAUUGAUUAUAGUAAAUGUUUAGUCGUACUAAUAAAGAACCAAAAAGACCUGAUUCCAAAGCGCGAUAUAACUUAACGCAAAGAAAAAGUCAACAUUCAAACGUCAAACACCGCAAGAAGCGAGCGGAAACGCAAACGAACUCGUCUUCAGAAACUCCGAAAUAAAUUCCAAAGAAUCAAAAAGUUUUAUUUAAAAACAUAAUAGUCGUUAUUGAUAUUACACAAAGUUAGAAUAAUAAAAUAAUGUUGACGCUAUAAGUAAGUGCCUAAAGAGUUAUGUCAAUUAAAUAAUAAGUGUCGUAUUGUGUGAAUCGGUAGGUAAAUAACGACAAGUACAUUGUGAUGAAAAGUAUUAUAGGUUCAAUAACAAGAUGUAUAUUGUACUGUUAACAUUGUCAUUGUUGUGUGCAACGCACUUAUUGCACGCCGAAGUCGGGGACACGGAUCUCAAUGAAAUAUCGGAGAAACAGAACGCUGUUAAAAUAAAUAAAUGUUGUGAGCCAAACGAGAUUGUUGUCGACGGAGUAUGCAGAUUAGCCGACGCAUACAAUCAGACUUUGUGGUCACCUCAAUUUAAGACUGAGGAUGGCAAUGACGCCAAAGUGAAAUACUUUAGCUAUGUAUACGGAGUACCUGACUGCGCUACUGUGCAACAAAGAGCUAUAUUUGAUUUAAACAAGUCUGAAGAUAAGCUUAAUUUAUUAACGGAUGGUCGGCUACGUCACAUAAUAAAUCACUUGCCAAGCUCAGAUGUGAAAGAGGAACCAGUGAUAAGUACAUUUAGUUUACAUGAGAGCAUUGCAAUACCGGAGGAGAAGGAACCUUCGUCUUACAUACACAAUCAGGCUAAAUACUGUAUGGAUAAGAUAUUAGUUACACAAAAAGGCGCACAAACAAAGAACAUAACCGGCUCAUACGCAUUAGUAUGCGUGCCAGAAGUAAAAAUAAACUGGAGAGACAUGAACUUUCUUAUGAGGAAAAUUCUAAAUCCUAUAUUUCAUGCAAUAGCGAUGAUAUUGUUUUUAUUGGUGGCCGUUAUAUACUUUGUGCUGCCCACCCUACGCGACUUAGCCGGGAAUAUAAUUACAACGAUAAAUAUGUGUUUAAUUGUGAGCCAGGCUGCGGACCUAGUCAGGAUAUUUACUGAGUUCAGUAAUCAUGUAAGCUUUAUGGUAACUGAUAUAAUUCUGUACAUCAGUCUAUUGGCAGCUUUCUUCUGGUUAAAUAGUUUUGGAUUUUAUGUAUGGAAAACUUUCAAAUCUCGCAACGUCUUCCUACGCGUGACGGACGUCCGUAAAUACUGUUAUUACUCAAGCGUUGUGUGGAUCAGUGUGUUUGUCAUGGCCGCCAUGGCUAUCUGCGCUCACUUCCUCUUGGACACCGGCACCAACCCCAACAGGAAGACAAGGAUACAGUUCUCAUCAUCAAUCAUCGUUGACGAUGUGGAACAGGAAACCAUUGGACUACUCGGUAUUGCAAUAUUCUUCACUCCAGUUGCGUUCACGAUAAUAUUUAAUGUUUUCUUCUAUGUGACAACAUUAAAAAUCAUAAAGAGAAUAAACAUUUACGGACGGAUUCACCACAAACUCAAGGGCUGCUUUAAUUUAUUCCUUCAACUGUUCCUCAUAAUGACGACAGCCUGGCUAUUCCUACUUUUAUCAUGGCUGAACAUCGACGAGUUACUCUACGCACACAUAUUCGUUAAUCUAUUCCAGGCAAUUUUAAUAUUCUAUGUGUGUGUUUUACGACAGUCCCAUGUAACGUUUCUGUUGCGCAAGAGUUGUUGUUAUGCUGAACCAGUGCCGACGGGCGAGUGGGGCGACGAGAUGACUCACAUGAAUGGGGGGAACUACUGACAUAUCAUAGAAUAUUCAAAUCUCAUUUAAAUAUCAAGUAGAGCCGGUACACACGCUUCAUUACGCACCUAUGUAGUGUGAGGACAAAAUUGUGCUAUGCAAGUAGACGAAACAAGAUACAAAAUUAAUUUAUAUUACACUUUAUAGUUAGAAAUAAGAAUAACUAUUGUUAUUAAAUAUUAUACUCAGUUUCACA